AUGUCGUACUACCCUGCAGACCAAGGCCUCCUCAACCAACAUAAUCUCUUUGAUUCUCCAGAGGAAAAAAUGCCCUCUUUCCUCAACAGACUCUCAGGCAACACCUCACAAACUUUGGAUAUUCUCUCCUCUGCUCUAAUCAUUUCCGCAUGGGCUCUGGCAUUAUAUUGCAUCAUCAAAUCCCUCUACCUCUUCUCGGUGUGGUCUUUCCAAAAUCUCCGUAUUGCCAUCAAAAAUCAACAAGAUAAGUACGACGGUACCAUUGACUAUGACAAUGAAAAACUUGCCAGUCCUUUCUCUUUUAUCCCAUCCUCUCGCAAAUACAAACAAGAUGAUGAUCUUGAAAGUCAAACUACCACUUCCUCUUCAAUGACUUCUCCCAAUUCAGUUCCAUCUCUUUCUCAUACCCCAGACCUUGCUUCGCCUACCUCUUCGUAUUCGGCUCUCAGCUCACCCACAAAUUCUCCUCAAUAUAUGGUGAGCACGACUCUGCCACCCCAUUCUAGCGAAUCUUUCCAGCGAAUUAAGUCUUCUAGUUUUACCAUUGAUCAUGCUUACCCUCCUCCCAAGUCUCUUGAUUCUGCCCCUAAGAAGUACUCUAACACUACCAUUAAUGUCUUGGAUUCUUACGAUAGUCAACUUAUGUCAUCGUUAGAACAUCCCAUGAUUAAGACUCAUUAA